AUGCUUUUGACUACGACCCCCGCCCCAUCACUCCCUCUCCCUUCGCACACCUACUACCCCUAUCCCCUAACUUCGCGCCUCAAGACCCACUCUUCCAUCCUCCAGCCCCUCUCUCCACACGCCUACGGCUACCAGGACCCCUCUGUAUCCCAAUCGAAAGCAACAGCAGGGCCUGGACCGUCUUCCGCUUCAAAUGCGGAGAAGCGGGAACGGCACCGGCUCGCUCUGAAGCGGGCGGAGGAACGGGCGUUAGCUGGGAAACGACCGGCAGGGGUGGAGCUGGGCAAAGAGGCGGAUGAGAUGAGUGAUGAGGAGGGGGUGAUACAGGAUGAGCGGGAUCACCUCAAUCUGUUUGGACAUCGCUUCUUGCUGCCCUAUGGGAGAAGACAGACUCAGUCCGAGAUAGACGCAGCACCGGCGUCACCAACACCGUCUCAGGAGCAGAAUGACCGAAUGCAGGAAGACCCUCAGGGCGGCGUAGGCGGAAAUGUCAACAUGGCCGCUAUGCCCGCAUCGGAUGAUCUAGGAGACGGGGAAGAAGGGGAAGAGGUGGAUCUGGACGCUAGUGUGGAAGACAUGGAUGGAGAUGAUGGCGAGGACGGGGGUGCUAUGAGCGCAGACGAGUAG